AUGGCACUUUCGGUGCCACCGAGUACGCAGCGCUCCAUUGCAGUCGUAGAUCCUGGAGGCCUGAGCCGCACUCCUGCAAAUGGAUCCAGCUCCAGCCGGAGCAUCAAUGGAGACAGCGAGAAGGCCCAGCUGCUGCCGGUCGCUCCACCCCCCAAUCCAGAAGAUCCUCUGGACAAGGGCUGCGAGCCCCUGACAGUGCAACGCAAAUGCACCGAUGUUGUGUGGAUUUUUCCGUUUCUCGUCCUGCUGGGAGUUUCUGCGUAUGCCACCUACGAGGCGGCUCAGGUGGGCAACUUUGGAACGAUUUUCAGAGUGCCAGACUUCCAAUCGGAAAUGUGCGGUGAAGGGGCAAGGAAGGCCAAGACCUUCCUGUACUUCUGCAUGAAGCAGGAUUCCCAAUGGGUCUUCGACGAAGCGAACAAGAGUCUGGAGAUACGAUAUCCAAUCUGCGUGGAGCGCUGCCCGACUUCCUUCAAUACGUCCACCCGCUGCUAUUUGGGGGUGGGGAAGGACGAUGAUGCGAAUUCCUGGGACUGGGUGCAAGACUACCCCACGCAGCCCACGGCUUUCUUCUGCAGGCCGCACAGAGCCUUCAGCAAAGGUCUCAGCGAUGACUUCUGGACGGCAGUGAAGAAGGGGCCGAAGAUUGUUUACUUGAUUCUCCGCUUUUACAACGGUUGGCCUGAGGUGAUCUCGGUCUCCAUUUCGUGCUCGUCCGUGUUUGGACUUUUAUACAUUAUUUCCUUGUCCAAGUGCGCUCGCCAACUGAUCUGGCUUGCAUUGAGUACCACGGCGCUCUGCUCCGCGGUCGUGAGUGCCUGGUAUGGCUACUGCUUCAAGACUGGCAUGUGCAAGAAAUACACAGGAAACGGCGCGGAAGAUCCCAUCGACCUUGCCCGAUCUGUUGCUUUUGGCAUAGUGGCCAUUCUGACCUUGCAGACUAUCUGUAGCCUCGGACGAAAGCUGGAUACGGUGGGGCGAAUCCUCGAGAUGUCAUGCAGUUGCAUCAUGUCCAGCCCCAUGCUGACCAUAUUGCCGCUGGUGAUGCUUUGCCUUCGAAUCAUCUCGACGGCCUGGGUGGUCUACGUCGUGCUGGGCCUUUACAGUGCGGAGGUUCACGAUCGCUUGGAUGAUGUUGCUCAGCCGUGGGUGAGUGGCUGGAACCGGCUGCCUGCGGUGAGCAAGUCGAUUGAGUUCCAAGUUUACGUGGUUGCCGUUGCCUGCUUCUACUGCCUGUUCAGCUCGUUCAUCACAUGCGUCUCCUGGUUCGUCAUGAUCUUUCUUGCCCAAGUUUGGUAUUUCGCCGGUCCCAAAUUUUCCACUCGGCGGUGUCCUGUGCCAAGAGCUUUAUGGAUCUGCCUGCGUUACCAUUUUGGCACCAUGGUUCUUUCAGGAGUGUUGCAUCUCGUCAUCGGGCCACUCCACUCCACGCUAGGAAAGCUCCAGGAUGGUGUCAAGUCUGGCAACCCCCUGGCAUCCAUCCUCCAGACCUGCUUGUCCUGCUGCCUGGACUUCUACGAAGAGUCCCUCGCGCACCUAAACCGCGGUGCCCUGCUGGACGUGAGCCUGCAGGCUUUCACGUACUUCGAAGGCGCCAACCAUAUUGCGGACAACGAGUCUGGCACCUCCCUCGCCGAAGAGGUCGGCCUGCUCAACACAUCCACUACUAUGUUCCAGCUGGCGGGUGUGGGAAUGGCGGCCGCGACGACGUGGUUUGCCGUAGCACAAACUCUGUCCCAGCGUCAGUUCGCCGACCCGGACAGCCGGCUAUUUGUGGAAGACCGGUCCACACUGUGCAUUGGCGGUGCUGUGAUUUCGCUUGUUGUGGCAACUCCCUUCAUGACCAUUUUUGAUGUUGUUGCGGAGGCCGUGCUCUUCAGCAAAGUCGUAGACCGGCAGCGCAACCCCAAAGCGAAAGGGCUGCCAGCCUCGUCCAGCAUGAUCUUGAGGAACUGCUCCCCGUGGCGGCGGACUCUGCAGGACAUCACGUCCUGCAACUGUGCCUACCGAACUGCUGCGGAUCUCACCCAGAGCCAAAGCUCUGGGGCCUUUGGACUUCUGGACUGGGGAUCUCAAACAUUCCAAGUGCAAGGAAGCCCGUCAAUGCCAGCCUUUGCUGCAUCUUCACCCUUCACAGGCCCUGUGUGA